AUGGAAGAUCAGCCAUCAGGUUUUAGAUUCUACCCAACAGAAGAAGAGCUGGUUUCAUUCUAUCUGCAUAACAAGCUUGAAGGAAGGAGACAAGACCUCGACCGGGUUAUACCAGUUGUUGAUAUCUAUGAGUACAAUCCAUGGGACCUCCCACAAUUUGCAGGAGAGUUAUGUCAAGGAGACACUGAGCAGUGGUUUUUCUUCAUUCCGCUGCAACAGAGAGAAGCCAAUGGAGGAAGACCUAACCGGCUCACAAGUACAGGAUAUUGGAAAGCCUGUGGUUCUCCGGGCUACGUAUACUCGAAUAAUCGUAUAAUUGGAGUGAAGAGAACCAUGGUUUUCUACAGAGGAAGAGUUCCAGGCGGAAGAAAGACUGAGUGGAAGAUGAAUGAGUAUAGAGCCAUUGAAAGAGAAGCUUAUUCAUCUAGUAAUGCAACUCCAAAGUUAAGGCGGGAAAUUAGUUUGUGCCGAGUCUACUUGAAAUCAACAACCUUACGAGCAUUCGACAGAAGACCGUCAGGAGUGAUGAUUGGUGAAGAAACAGUUCACCAACCUCGGCAUGGUACUGAGGCAACACCUCAUCAAAACCAGCCAUUGACAGAGAUCAGAAUAAGCCCACCAGCUGAUAACGUGUCCUCAGGAGGCCACGACAUUGCCAGUAAUCCUUCUCAAGUCAUUGAAAAUGGUGGCUGGGAUUGGGAUGUGCCUGUUGAUAACUAUCUUUCGUGGGACUGA